UGUGUGUGUGUGUGUGUGUGUGUGUGUAAAGUGCAGGUUUCAGCAGGCUGGAGCUCACACACCAUUGUCCUCUCAGAUCACACUCAGAGAGAGAGUGUGUGCAUUUGUGUGCGUGUGAGUGUGUGUGUGUAUGAGGACGCUGCAUCUUCCCACUGCAGCACUGCUGAUGUUCCUGCUCUGAGGAAUUCCCUGUUCUGGGAUUGUGCGCGUUUGGAGGGACACUAAUGGCAUCAGAGCUGAACGUCGCGGACGGAUCUGCCGUAUGGAAUAACGCAAGGUGUUUUUUGUGAAAGCGGCUCUCGUGUGUGUGUGUGUUUGUGUGUGUUGGAGAGGCAGGCAUGCGGUCGGAGCGCGUGAGUCGUGUGUGUAUCGUGGUCCUGGAGGAGGUGGAAGACGACGAACCCUCCCCUCUGCAUUCCAAAGCCGCCCCGGACCACAUUUCCCAGAAUUCCUCUCAGGACGAGAAGCCCUCUCUGAUUAAAGCCAUAUUUAACGGGGACGCAGAUGAAGUUCGCUCUCUCAUAUUCAAGAAAGAAGACGUCAAUGUACAGGACAGUGAGAAGAGAACACCGCUUCACGCUGCUGCUUACCUGGGCGACGCUGAGGUCAUAGAGCUGCUCAUCCUGUCAGGGGCGAGAGUGAAUGCCAAAGAUAAUAAAUGGCUCACUCCUCUUCAUCGGGCCGUAGCUUCCUGUAGUGAGGAGGCUGUGCAGGUGCUGCUGAAACAUUCGGCGGAUGUCAAUGCACGGGAUAAGAACUGGCAGACGCCGCUGCAUGUGGCCGUGUCCCAUAAAGCCGUGCGCUGCGCAGAGGCGUUAGUCCCAUUGCUAAGUAACAUCAACGUGUCGGACCGCGCCGGACGUACGGCUCUACACCAAGCGGCCUUCAGCGGACACCUGGAGAUGGUUCAGUUGCUGGUGUCCAGAGGUGCAAACGUCAAUGCUUUUGAUAAGAAGGACAGACGAGCCGUUCACUGGGCCGCAUACAUGGGUCAUCUGGAGGUGAUGAAGUUUCUGGUGUCUCACUGCGCUGAGGUUUGCUGUAAGGAUAAGAAAUCCUACAGUCCUCUUCACGCCGCUGCCUCCAGUGGAAUGAUCAACGUCGUCAAAUACCUGCUCAAUCUGGGCGUUGAUAUUAAGGAGCCGAACGCGUAUGGAAACUCUGCUCUGCACCUGGCGUGUUUUAACGGGCAGGACGUGGUGGUGAAUGAGCUGAUCGAAGCAGGUGCUGAUGUCAAUCAGGUGAAUGAGAAGGGCUUCUCCCCGCUGCACUUCACCGCUGCGUCCCGCCAGGGGGCGCUCUGUCUCGAGCUGCUCAUCGCCAACAGAGCCAACGUCAACAGCAAGGUCAGAGAGUCCUGCAAGAAAAACCCUCACCACCUCACAAUAUGUCAAUUAAAGUCUUUAAACUAUAUAAUCAGACAUAUUAAGGAGCCGAACGCGUAUGGAAACUCUGCUCUGCACCUGGCGUGUUUUAACGGGCAGGACGUGGUGGUGAAUGAGCUGAUCGAAGCAGGUGCUGAUGUCAAUCAGGUGAAUGAGAAGGGCUUCUCCCCGCUGCACUUCACCGCUGCGUCCCGCCAGGGGGCGCUCUGUCUCGAGCUGCUCAUCGCCAACAGAGCCAACGUCAACAGCAAGGCGUAUCACGGUCACCAUCACGCUCUGGAGGUUCUGGUGCAGUCUCUGCUGGAUCUGGAUGUGAGGACGCCACAGGGUCACACGGCUCUCAGUCUGGCGGCGUUUAAGGGUCACGUGGAAGAUAAAUGGGGCAGGACGGCCCUCCACCGCGGGGCAGUGAUGGGUCACCAGGGGUGUGUGGAGGUGCUGUUGCAGCACAGCUCCAGUCUGUUGGUUCAGGACAGCAGGGGGCGCUCUCCUAUGCACCUGGCGGCUGCCUGCGGUCAUGUGGGGGUCCUGAGGGCCCUUCUGAAGGCCCAGAAGACUGUCCUCGUCCUCAAGGACAACUGUGGUUACACACCGCUGCACUGGGCCUGUUAUAACGGUCAUGACGCGUGUGUUGAGCUGCUGUUAGAGUACGAUGUGUUUCACAGGCCGGAGGGAAACUCCUUCAGUCCGCUGCACUGCGCCGUUAUUAAUGAUCAUGAGUCUGCGGCUGAGAUGCUGAUAGAGACUUUAGGUCCAGCGAUUGUAAAUGCCACAGACUCUCAGUCCAGGACUCCGCUUCACGCCGCGGCGUACACCGAUCACGGGGAGUGUCUGCAGCUGCUGCUGGGUCACAACGCUCAGGUCAACGCCAUCGACAUGCUGGGAAAAACAGCGCUCAUGAUGGCCGCCGAGAACGGACAGACUAACGCCGUCGAGGUGCUGUUGAGCGGCGCUAAAGCUGAUAUGACGUUACAGGACGCUCACAGAAACACAGCCCUGCAUCUGGCCUGCAGUAAGGGACAUGAAACCAGUGCCUUGUUAAUUCUUGAGAAGGUGAUGGACAGAAACCUCAUAAACUGCACAAAUGCCGCGCUGCAGACGCCGCUGCACGUCGCUGCUCGUCACGGACUGACGGUGCUCGUACAGGAGCUGCUGGGUAAAGGAGCCAGUGUCCUUGCCGUGGAUGAGAACGGUUACACUCCAGCUUUGGCUUGCGCCCCAAACAAAGACGUGGCCGACUGUUUAGCUCUGAUCCUCUCCUCCAUGAUGCCCAUCUCUCCCAGCAGCACCGGCACCAUGUCCAGCCUCACCUUAACCACCAUCAACCACUACUCCAGCCCAUCCAAGACCGUGACCUUUGACCCUUUACCUGUGCUGCGCUCCAAGCACGUCUCCUACUGCAAAUUCAACAGCCUGUGCCGCGAGGACGGCCUCAUCAUCCCCGAUGACGAACUCAAUGAUUCAGACUCAGAAACGUACUGAAAACACACCCCCUCCCACCCCUCAGUGUCUUAAUCUAACACCUCAUUGGCUGAAAGGUGACUAUAUGCCAAUUAGGGUCGUCCCUUUAUGACCGGUAUGGCCGAAGUCUCAGGAGAAAGUGGAAAAACAGGAAAGUAAUGCCACAGAAAUGGCCCACACUACAAUCCAGUUUGUUUAUUCUCUACAGUAUCGAGCUGUUUGAACCCUCAAGCAUCACUAAAAUUCAUUAUUUUAAAGCCAAGUUCAUUUUAUGAGAAGCAAACGGCUCCUAUUGACAGCUGUGGGACUGUAAUUCCCAGCAUUCAUGUGAAACACGAGGAGAAACUAAACUAAAGACUUCAGGGACCAAGCGCUUCAGACUCUACUUUUAUCCCCAUUUGUGCAUGAAGAUUGGAUUUGGGUUUGCAUCACCAUGGAUUAUUUAUUAUGAAAAAAUGAAGAGCAAAAAAAGCCUUUCAGGGUUCAAAUGGAGUACUUAUUCUUCUGCUGUUUUGAGGAAUUAUAAUGUUCUUCCUGCUGUGUGUGAGAGAUUCUGAAUUUGAAUGUGUGUGUGUGAGUGAUUAUUUUAUAAGAGUUUAAAAACAAUGAAAAGAUCAGGUGUGUGACUUGACCUUUUGGUA